AUGUCGUCGAGCACCGCCAGACCGUCAACGCACGCCGAAAAGAGAAGCAGUGGCCUUGGGACUGGUGCUGCUACUUCGGAUCACUCUAGAGCAGCUACGUCGGCAUCUACAUCACGGCCCCGCACCACCGCUGCUUCUGUUAAGGAUCCUGGCGGCGGCGGCAGCAGCAACAACUUCAGGUCCGAAUCCAGAGCUGAUCGCGAUGCUCACAGGCCCCAGGCUGCCUCUCCGCCGAUCAGCAGCAGCUAUGGCACCUCCCAGGCCCACAAGCGUACUGCCUCGGGGAAUCCACGCCAGACGAGCCGGUCAGUCGAGGAGCGCCGCACCGAGAAAGUGCAGGUGACCACUCGAGAGACGCUCGUAUCCCGCACCCGGAGCCCCGAUCGCCGCUCAGGCCCGAGCAGCAAGGGUGGCGCCGAUGGCUUGAAGCAACCGCAGCCACCGCCGCAGCAGCAGCAGCGGCCCCCUGAGCCCAGAGGCAAAGAACCCCUUAUGGAGAAGCCCCCCCAAGCACCCUGGGAUCCUGAGGCCACCCUACUCCCGCACACGUCAGCGCCGCUGGCCUCGCGCAUCUCGAUCCCGCCCCUUGCCUCGUCGGCGCCCCCCGACCUGCAGCCUACCCCCCUACACGACCUGUCCCUCGACGUCCAGGAGGCGGUCAUUCUCGAGGACCUGCUGUUCGUCCUGAUGGGCUUCGAAGGCCAGUAUAUACGCUUUGCAAAGGGGUACAACCCCUACGAGGAACGCGACCGUCUGUCGGGGCCCCAGUGGCGCAUCCUGCCAGGUCUGGACCCAAGCCUCCAGGACCUGACCCAGUCCAUGCUUCGAAUGGCCACCCACUACACGGCCCUCGAGACCUUUGUCGACGUUCAGAGCCGCGAAGAGUUUGGCUCUGUCAACCACGCCCUGUGUGCGUCAAUACGCAAGCUCCUCCAGGAGUAUCUCGUCAUGAUCUCCCAGCUUGAGGCGCAGUUCCUCACCAACGAUACUUUCACCUUGCAUGUGCUCAAUGUUCACACCCUGCCAACCGGCCACAUGAUGUCUCAGAUAUACGCCCUCGCCCAUGAUCUGCUGAAGCGGAAUGCCCUUCUCGACGACGAGACGGACGAAUCGAGCGAUAGUGCCGACGAUUUCGACCACAUCCUCGAGCAGCUGAGGGACGGCGGCGACCUAGUGCCGGGAAACAUGACAGGCAAGAAGAUCUGCAAGGGGGGCGUGGUGCUCGGCCUGAUAACAAAGAGGCUCGAGUCCAUGUCUGGCGACCCUGCCUCGCGCACCUUACUUACGGCUCUGCUGAGGGACGCAAGCCGCCCCUACAUGGCCAUGCUGAACGAGUGGCUUCACCACGGCGGCAUCAACGACCCCCACUCUGAGUUCCUUGUCAAGGAACAGAGAAGCAUCCGCCGCGAGAGGCUGGAACAGGACUAUACCGACGAGUAUUGGGAACGACGGUACACCAUCAGAGACCACGAUGUACCACCGCAGCUCGAGGCCGUCAAGGACAAGGUCUUGCUUGCCGGCAAGUAUCUCAAUGUCGUCAGGGAGUGCGGCGGAGUAGACGUGAGUCUGCAGGUUAGAGAUGUACCGACCUCGUUCGACGAUAGCCGUUUUCUCGAUAAUGUCAACAAUGCCUAUGCCCACGCCAACGAGUCACUAAUGCAGCUGCUCUUGACCACGCACGCUCUGCCCGCCAGGCUGAGAUCGCUCAAGCACUACUUUUUCUUGGAUCCCUCCGAUUACUUCUCCUACUUUCUCGAGCUCGGCACCUCAGAGCUGCGGAAACCCGUCAAGUCGGUCAACACAGGAAAGCUGCAGUCGCUCCUGGAUCUCGUCCUGCGCCAGCCCGGCAGUAUCGUGGCCUUGGACCCUUUCAAAGAGGAUGUCAAGGUCGAGAUGAACGAGAUCACCCUGACCAAGUCGCUGCAGCGUGUCGUCAACAUUACGGGCAUCGAGCAAGGCGAGUCUCUCCAGCCCCUAACGAACCAGCCCGUCGACAAUGAUAAGAAUGCGAGCGGGUUCACCUCCCUCCAGCUUGAUUACGCCGUUCCCUUCCCCGUGUCCCUCGUCAUCAGCCGCAAGACGGUAUGGCGCUACCAGGCCCUGUUUCGCUACCUGCUAUCUCUGCGCCACCUGGAAUCGCAGCUCUCGGCAACGUGGCAGACGCACACUAACGGUAUUGUGUGGGCCCAUCGCUCGUCAUCACGCAAUCUCGAGAUCUGGAAGCGCCGCGUUUGGACCCUUCGCGCACGCAUGUUGGUCUUUGUACAGCAGCUGCUGUACUUUUGCACAGCCGAAGUCAUUGAGCCCAACUGGCAGAGCUUGAUGUCGCGCCUUCGCGAGAAGGAUGCCGGUGUCACCAGCUCGGCGCAGGACGGCAUUGCAGCCGCAAAAGCGGCGGGAAGCGGCGGAGCCCCCGGCCUUACCCGCACUGUCGACGAGCUGAUGCAAGACCAUGUGGAUUUCCUCGAUACCUGCUUGAAAGAGUGCAUGCUGACCAACAGCAAGCUACUAAGGAUACACUCAAAACUGAUGCAGACGUGCACCAUUUUUGCCACUUACACCAACUGGCUGUCGCGCGAGCUUGAGAAGACAGACCCGGACCUCACUGGCACUGUCAAGCCCCCCAACAUGACGGACGAGCAAUGGAAGCAGUUCCAGGCGGUCAGGUCGCAGAAGGCCGGGGCCGAUUCCCAGGCAUCGGGCUCUACUUCAGCCACGGACGACAAAGCCAAGGACGAGGCAGCCCGUACCAGUGAACUUUUUGACGUCAUCCGCAAGUGGGAAAAUAACUUCAGCCGCCAUCUACAGAUCCUCCUCGACGCACUGAACCACUACGCCGCUACCGAGACGGUAGUGCUCCUCAGCCUUUGUGCCCGCCUUAGCACAGCAAAUCAGGGAACCGAGUACGCCGGCCUGCGCAACGACGACGAUGUCGUUUAA